GCGACAUAGGAAGUACUGAGCCGUGGAACCUGAGGUUGCCGCUGCGUGGGGCUGAGUGCGCCACGGCAAACGGGGCACAGAGCUCUUCUGCUCCGGACACAGCCACUCGGUGGCCCAGGAUGGCAAGAUGUCUGCACUUCGAGACUGCACAGUGGUGACAGAGAGAUGACCUGAGGGGACAGCUUCUAUCUCCACAACAAUGUCCAUGAACAGUUCCAAACAGCCAGUGUUUCCUGCAGCUGGAAUCAUCGCAAAUACAACCUGCCAAACGCAAAACCGGCUUUCAGUAUUUUUUUCAAUAAUCUUCAUGACAGUAGGAAUCUUAUCUAACAGCCUGGCCAUUGCCAUUCUCAUGAAGGCAUAUCAGAGAUUUAGACAGAAGUCAAAGGCCUCCUUUCUGCUCCUGGCUAGUGGCCUGGUGAUCACAGACUUUUUUGGCCAUCUCAUCAAUGGAGGGAUAGCUGUCUUUGUAUAUGCUUCUGAUAAAGACUGGAUCCGCUUCGAUCAGUCAAACAUCCUGUGCAGUGUUUUUGGAAUCUCUAUGGUGUUUUCUGGUUUGUGUCCACUUUUUCUAGGCAGUGCGAUGGCCAUUGAGCGGUGUAUAGGAGUCACCAACCCUAUAUUCCAUUCUACGAAAAUCACAUCUACACACGUGAAGAUGAUAUUGAGUGGGGUGUGCAUGUUUGCUGUUUUUGUGGCUCUGCUGCCUAUCCUCGGGCACCGAGACUAUCGAAUCCAAGCGUCUAGAACCUGGUGCUUCUACAACACAGAGCACAUUGAAGACUGGGAAGACCGGUUUUAUCUCUUGUUCUUUUCUUUCCUGGGCCUCUUAGCUCUUGGUGUUUCGUUCUUGUGCAAUGCCAUCACAGGAGUCACACUCCUAAGGGUGAAGUUUAGAAGUCAGCAGCAUAGACAAGGCAGAUCUCACCACUUUGAGAUGGUCAUUCAGCUCCUGGCCAUAAUGUGCGUCUCCUGCAUCUGCUGGAGUCCCUUUCUGGUAACAAUGGCCAACAUUGCGAUAAAUGGGAACAAUUCCCCAGUGACCUGUGAAACGACACUUUUUGCUCUCCGAAUGGCAACAUGGAAUCAGAUCUUGGACCCCUGGGUGUAUAUUCUGCUCCGGAAGGCUGUCCUUAAGAACUUGUAUAAGCUUGCCAGUCAUUGCUGUGGAGUGCACAUCAUCAGUUUGCACAUCUGGGAGCUCAGCUCCAUCAAGAAUUCCUUAAAGGUUGCUGCUAUUUCUGAGUCACCAGCUGCGGAGAAGGAGAGCCAGCAAGCAUCUAGUGAAGCAGGACUGUAGGUCAAUUCGGGCUUAGAAUAAAAUGGGGGGAAGUUUGGAAGCAUCUCAACUGAUCAGAUUCAUAGCCUAACUGGAACAUUUGGACCUUGGUGUGUCACUUGGGAGUACACUGGACAGAUGGAGCUUCCAUUAUGCUGGCUGCUGCAUGGUUGUGCAUUUUUAUUUGUUGUUGUCAAUAGGAGGUAAACUGAUACAAUGCGGUGGAGUUGAGUGGAACACAACUUUUGAGUUUAGCUGUGUGACUUGUGUUUUUGGAAUAAAUGAAUCUGUUGAGGCCCAAUGCCAAUGAAUACUUGACCUGUUUGUCCAAGACACCUUAAUGCUACCUGCACAGGGCCAUUUCAUUGACUUAUAGACAAGUCUCAAAGUAACACAAGACUCCAAACCUGUUUGUGUGUGGGGUUCUUGCCUGUUUACCAGUCUACAUAUCCUCAAUCAAAUCCUGUGUGACCAUGAUAUUGGGGAUUCACAGUGGCCAGUGAUGAUCACUGCAUAUGCUGGGUCAGCCCGACCUUGUGAGGCUGAGGAGUAUGGCCAUUCUUGUCACAACUGACAUAUGUACUUGCUUGCAUUUGUUGUUAUGAAGGUCAAUUAUUGUUUGAAGUUUUUUUUCUAUAAAGUAAUAGAUUUUCAGUGUUUAAGUGAUCUCCCUUUCCUCUGAAAUGAGAAACACAGGCUUUGUUUUAGCACAGAUUCAGCUCCUGUUAGCAUAUGCACUAAACCCUAUCAUGGACUGUCCAAACUAUCUAAAUCCCAGGGAUAUAAGCCAAGAACAUGGCAAAUAUUGCUUUACCUAAGCUGUCAUUUCUGACAGAAAAUAAAAGAAAAACAAUCAAACAUUCAAAGUCUAUCUGCAGCUAGUGUGUUUCUGCUUUAUAGACACAGGCCAAAGGGAGUUCUAUUGACAGCGGCUUCACUAAAUCUGUUGGACCACAUUUUCAAAGCCUGUGUUACUAGCAUGGAGGGGAGAUCUAAAAUUAGCCAGGAGUUGGGGACUUAAUUGGGGACUUAGGGUUAAUCAGAGACCAAGGAACAAGACUCUCCCCAAGUUUCCAAUCAUAAUCCACACUUCUCCUUUGCUUGUUUCUAUAAUUUAACACAAAGAUUUUCAAUUUCAGUAAUCAUUGUAGGUCCAUCAGUGACUAGGGUUCAUGGUUAUGUUUCAUAAAGAAGUGCAUUUUCAUAUU